AUGUCAACUUCAAACACCGCCGGAACUGCCUUACUUGGCGCGGGUCUCUUCGCCAAGGAAGCACACCUACCUGCACUGCAAAUACUUGGCCCUCUCGCGCCAAAGCUUAGAGCCGUUUACUCGCGAUCAGAGAAGAGCGCGCGCGAACUUGCUGCCCAAGCAACAGCCCUCCUCAACACUACCCCUGAUAUCUACUUUGACGGAAAUUCAUCUUUAAAUCUUGACGCACUUCUUGCCAGGUCUGACAUUUCAUCCGUUAUCAUCAUCCUCCCAAUCACCCAACAGCCGUCCAUCAUCUUGAAAGCACUCGCCGCCGGCAAACACGUGCUAAGUGAAAAGCCUGUUGCACCGGAUGCAGCGUCUGGUGCUAAAUUGAUCGCACAGUAUGAAGCGCAGUAUAAGCCCAAGGGACUUGUGUGGAGAGUAGCUGAAAAUUUCGAGGUCGAGCCAGGUUUCAUCGCCGCUGGCCGUGCUAUCGCCGCCGGCAAAAUAGGAAAAAUCACCUUCUUCAGUUCUCGUACCGUCAACUUCAUCGACAAGGAUUCAAAAUGGUAUAAGACCCCGUGGCGGACUGUUCCGGACUAUCAAGGAGGCUUCCUGCUUGAUGGCGGUGUGCACUCCGUCGCAGCUCUUCGUGUCAUACUCCCAAGUGCAAUGACUCACCUGUCCGGAUUUGCAUCGCUCAACAAGGAGUGGCUUGCGCCCCAUGAUACCAUCAACACAAUCAUAAAGAACGCAGACGGUUCGCAUGGCAUUUUCGAACUCAGUUUUGCUGCACCCAGCCCAUCUCGUUCCGACGCAGGUCGAGGUAUUGUCAUCACCGGUACAGAUGGCUGGCUUGAGGUUCAGCAAACCCUGGCUCGUGACCUCAUCCGCAACGUUGAGAAGCCCAUUUUUCGCGUCACUAUCAAGUCGGCCACCCGUGAUGCAAAUGGAGUACUUGGCCCCGAAAAGGAGGAGGUUAUUGAUGAACCAAUCAGAGGCGUGGAAUUGGAGCAGGCGAGCUUCUUUGCGGCCUUGGAUGGAAAAGAUGAUGGUCUUGGCAGCCCCCUUGGUACACUGAAGGACGUUGCGGUUAUUGAGGCUGCCCUGACUAGUGGUGGUGAACUCAUUGAUCUUGAGAAACUCAUCAGCCAGUCCUAG